UCUUUAUUUCUCUUCUCACACCAAGAGGAGGCAGAGAGAAGUAGGUUUAGGGUGUCAGGAUUGAUUACCAUCCUUCUCCUUGCUUUUUCCUUCUAACCUCUGUUUCCUCUGUGUUUGAUCUUUGAUCUAUCAACCGGAUGGCAACGGAGACUCCUAAUUUCGAGAACAAAGAAAGGGAAUCGGGUGAAGACUUACUGGAUGUUGCGUUUGCCAAGAGAAAGUGCUGUUUCUGCAUAUUCUAUUUAAGUCCGGACCAAUCAAAGACCGCCGGAUCGGUGUGGUGGAAGAGAAUUCGGUCGGUGGAGAGCGAAGACGGAUGGUGGAUGAAAGCAUGGAAGAAGGUAAGGCAGUGGUCGGAGAUCAUGGCGGGGCCUCGAUGGAAGACAUUCAUCCGGCGAUUCAACAAGAACAACAGAGGCGGCGGAGGUGGUAGGCUUGGGAAAUUUCAAUACGACCCCUUAAGUUACGCUCUCAAUUUCGACGAUGGACCAGGGCAGAACGGUAAUCUCGAUGAUGAGAUCGGGUACCGCGAUUUCUCGUCCCGGUUUGCGUCGAUUCCAAUUUCUGCGAAGUCGUCUAUGGAUCUCGGCAAGGACGCGCCAGCCUUCACGUAAGGAAACGUUGACAGAGGAAGAAGUUGUUCUAACUAACUGUAAUGCCUCUUAAUUCUUAAUUCGACGCGCCGCCGUGGACGGCAACGCGAGCCAGGGGGCGGAGGGUGCAACGCAAGACGCUCCCGUCCCGUCGGUCGAGGUUAGAGUCGAGAGUCGAGACCCAAGAGGAGGAUCGUCAUCAAACAGCGCUGUGAAGGAGUUGACUUUUGGGACGUAGGAGCUGGUGCUAGAUUCUGGUCGGUGCAUUUUUCAACUAUUAUAAUUAUUUUAUUAUAAAAAUUAAACAUUAAUUGUCUUCGCCCUCUUUAUUACAGAUGAUACUUGUCUAGAAAUAGAAUGUAUUUUUUUCUUUAUUUCUUAUUCAAUUCUAAAGCUGUAAGUGUUUAUUUUAAUAAGAAAUAUAGCGCUGUAGUGUAUAAAAGAGGAAGUAAAGAAAGAAUGUGGAGGAUGUCUGACCUGGGUUUGAAACAGUCAAUAGUUGGGAGAAAAUUCUCUUUAGACUGGAUUUCUGUGUGUAGUUUAUUAUAUUAUUAUUUAUGAGCAGGAUUUCUGUGUGUAGAUAGUA